AAAGGGCUCCGGACUGAAAAUAACAUUGUCGCAGUUUGAUAUGCAUUUAAUUUGUCCGUGUUAUUUCCCUGCGGCUUUUCCUUAUCCUGCUUCUUCAUGUCUCCAUAAUACUCAACUUACUCAGUUUUAAUGGCGUGCCCUUGUGACCAAUCAGUGGAGUUGAACCCAGUGCUCCUGCAGCUGGAGUGGCUCCUGGGUACCUGGGAAUCAGAUGAACCAGGGGAGGGAUCCUUCCCCUCCAUAAAUCCCUUCCGCUACACAGAGACCCUGCACUUCUCCCAUGUCGGCCAGCCGGUCAUCAACUUCAUGUUUAAUGCGUUUCAUGCUACAAGUAAGAAGCCCCUGCACAGAGAGUGUGGCUUCAUACGACUGCAGCCUGGAACCAACAGAGUGGCAUUCAUCAUCGCACAGAACUCAGGCCUGGUGGAAAUCGAGGAAGGAGAGCUGACAGGGCAGCAGCUGAACCUGCAGAGUCUCGCUCUGGCCAGAACCUCCUUCGCCAAGGAGCCGCACGUCCAGCAGAUUUCUCGAGUGUUCCAGCUUCGUCCAGAUGGAAAGCUCGAGCAGACAGUUUCCAUGGCAACAGACAACCAGCCACUGAUGCAGCACUUGCACAUCACCUACCAUCGAUCAUCUUGACCCAACAGAGAGGCAGCGCUAAGAUACAUACAAAUAUCUUGGCCUGGGAUUUCAAGUGUUGCCAGAAAUAGGGGCACUGAUCAGUAGUCAAAUGUCAGGUUGGCUGACAAUAUAAACUAGUUUAUGAUUUAAGAGUAACUCUGGUGUCAGAUGGGAAUGCCUGUUCUAAUUAAGAUAUUUAAAAUCAAACUUAACCAACAAAAUUAAUGAUAAAUGUAAGUGAAUAAAUGUAAGCUGUUCUCAACCUGGAGCAUUGGCUAAAACACAGCUAGAGCAUCUUGUGGGCAUUUUUUGGAAGCUGCAGUGGGCCUUAUGUACAAAGCCCACCGUUUUACAUUCUUAUCUAUCAUACAGAGUAAAGCAUCCAAACAGCCAUAUUUUCUCUCGUCUGCAUGGGGGAUUUAAAAGAAAAAAGACUUGCAAAAGCAAAGCUGAAGUUGCACUAAGAGAUGGACUGACCUGUAUCCUGUCAAGUUUGAAGAAUGUCAGAAAUCUGAAAAUUUUGAGUUGUAUUUGUUUGACAAUGCAAUGUCCAAUGCGUAACACAAUGGAUUUUUGAUUUAUGUUGAUCUAUAUUGUCCAGAUAUUUAAUACUUGAGAUGUAAAGCUUAUAAAACACUCAUAUCAGGCAGAGGCUUGGAAUAUUUGGUUGUGUGCCCAUCUGCCUUUCUGUGACUACAAAGUUCAUGAAUACUGGUUUCUUAACUUUGUGUCGGCAUCCUGUUACUUUUUUCACCAUUGCAUUAAUAAACUGUUAAGGCUCCAUCGUGCUCAAGCUGCCUGAUGGAAAGAUCGGUGUAAUAAAAUGAUCAACAAAAUGUC